CUGUAAUCCCAGCGACUGCAGAGAACCGCAAACUGGAGGUCAGUCUAUCUCACACUAUAACGUGCACCUUCCAAAGUCAGCUGGCCCGGGACGGUGCCUGCAUCCUAUUAGGUCACGCUCAUUCUGAGAGGCUCCACUUAACACAUGUCUGUACUUCCUCUGUAGAACCCCCCAACGCCCUCCCUGUCUCUGCCUGUCUGUCUCUUUCUCGCUGUCUCUCUCAUAUUUACUCAUUUGUUUCUCCUCUAAUACAUUGAAAGCUUAAAGUCAAGAGUUCGAUUUGUUUAAAUGUUGUAUCCCCAGGUCUACGCGUUCGGUAGAGUUGCAGAGAAGUUCACUGAUUGAUCGGUGAUUCAUCUUCCAGCUGAGCUGUGUGGAAGUCAGUGACGCCUCCGUGUUCCGGGGAGAAGGGAGACGCGCUCUCGGUUGGGAGCCUGCUUGCACUGUGGAGCUUACCUGAUUUCGUUCCUGAAGCAAGACUCCAACCAGAGCUGCAACCAUAAGAGAGUCGGUUUCAGACCGUCCAUCCAUCUCGAGGCGCAGGCUCACAGGAAGUGCGUUCCAUCAGCUCCAUCGUGGCUGACCCGGAAUGACUGGUCGCUCUGGGAGGGAAUUAGGAGGCUGAGUCAGGGUGAUGUGACCCUCCUCGUUUCUGGUUCCCUUUUCCUGCCUUAUAUUCAGACUGGCAGAAGCUUGGGAAACACGAUUUAUUCCUUGUACACAAAGAAGAACCUAAGGGAGACCUGGACGCAGAGACAUGGGCGUCUGGACUUCUGGCAGCAACACCCUCCAACAUCUCUGGGAGAUUUACGUUCGUCCGAGGAGCCUGGGGCGGGUGGACUUUAUCCAGCACCUGGGAGUCUGUAGCCUGGUGGCCCUGGCUUCGGCGAGCCUGCUUUCUGCGGCUUUCUGUUGGUUCCUGCCACCAGUCGCAGUGGUCCCCGCCUGCUGGGCCAUCACCUGGGCUCUGCUGUGCUGCUCCAGGCAUGCGCGAUGCUUCGUCCUCCUCCUCUUCCUCUCCUGCGGCCUGCGUGAGGGCAAGAAGGCUUUGAUUGCAGCUGGCACGGGGAUAGCGAUCUUUGCACACAUCGAGAAUAUUUUUCACAACUUUAAAGGUCUCCUCGACAGCAUGGCGUGCAACCUAAGGGCAAAGAGCUUUUCCAUACAUUUCCCACUUUUGAAAAAGUACAUCGAAGCCAUUCAGUGGAUUUAUGGCCUCGCCACUCCCCCGAGUCUAUUUGAUGACCUUGUUUCUUGGAACCACACCCUGGAGGUCUCUCUGUCCAGCUCCAGCCAUGCCCUGGAGGUGCAGCUAAAGGACACCAAGGGGGAGGUCCUGGGCGUCCUGUACCACAUGGUGACCGUGAUGGAGGCGGUCUCCUCUGUGGGCCGGAAGCUUCUCACCUGCGCUGGGCUUCUGCUCCUCCUCCUCGGCACCGGGCUCUUCCUGAAGCGGGUUCUGGGCCCUCGUGGCUGGAAGUACGAAAACGUCUACAUCACCAGACACUUUGUCCGGUUUGAUGAGGAGCAGAGGCGCCGGCAGAGGCCCUGCGUCCUGCCCCUGAGCAGGGAGGAACGGAGGACCUAUGCAGUCGUGCCCUCUUUCCGGCUGACCCCCAGGGACAGGAGGGCCCUGGGGCUCUUCCUGCUCCCUGUCCUCGCCCACCUCUGCGUGUGGGUGCUGCUGGCGGCCGUGGACUACCUGCUGUACCGGCUCCUCCGCUCAGUGGGCGGACAGCUGCGGGGCCUGCCAGGGCUGGAGGUCCACCUGCAGCUGCACGGGGAGAAGCGAGGAACUCAAGACAUCACCCACGAUUCUUCCUUUACUAUCUCUGUGUUUGAACCCAGCUGUACGCCCAACCCCAAGCUCCUCCCGCCUACGACCUGGGCUCUUCUCGGGGUUAUCCUGGUGGUGCUAGUGCUGCUGGGCCUGUUGUCCUCCAUCCUGACGCAACUCAAAAUCCUGGUGGCCACGUCCUUCUACCCCAGCGUGGCGAGGGAGCGCACCCUAUCCCUGCAUGCAAAGCUGCUUAGGAAAAGAUCAAAGCAGCUGCCAAGAGAAGUCGAAAGGAAACAGAACCUGUACUUUACAGAGGUUCAUUUCUGGCUUCCAGUCCUGAGAGUGAUGAGGAGGAAGCACAUGGAGGUCGCACCUGCAGACCAUCUCUAAGGGAGGCUGAGCAGCUCAGCCGCGCGCACCACUCUCUGGACACUUGGUUGGCACUGCCUGUGCUCAGCAACUGAAGGCUGCGUUACAAAGUCGUCCAGGGUGUGACUUCGUGGGGUCACCUUAUGUCCCUGGUUGUGGCCCCAGACUGCUCAUCACAAAGCCAGACGGUUACCAGGAAAUGCCUAUGUGGCCUGUUUUCCAAACAAAGCAUAGGAUCUAGACUGCGUCACUGUAUAACAGGACUGUAUCCAGCCACUUUUCUGAUGAGUCUCAACAGAGAGCACUACUCAAAGAAAAAAAAAAAAAAAAACAACUGACAUCCCUACCACAGUGUCACAGGCAGUGCCAAGGAAAACACCCAUGUAUAAAACCAGCAACACACCUUUAAACUCUUAUUGCCUUUCGUGGGCAUUCCCUCCCCCACCAGGGUCCCCCCCAAGCCCCUGAUUCAAACACUGUUUCUGAACCCACUUCCGUCAUCUCCCAGUUUCUCCUCACCACUGCUGCCUCUCCGACACCCCAUUUGCCCGUGUCUCUCUUGCUGUCUCUUCCAGCAAAUCAUCCAGCCUGAGAUUAAUGAUCGAGUCACCUAGAGACCACAUCUGUCAGAGUCAUCUGACAGACUUGUUAAAAUGCGCUUGUUAAAAUCCUGAGCUUCUUUUUAUCUUUAACUAUCUCAAAAUAAUGAGGAAGGAUAAACUCUCCUUGAAUACUGAUUCUAUUAUCUUGAAAGUGCCAGGAUGGGGGAAAUUAUUUUUAUUUAACAUUUUGAAAAGCUUUUCCUUUUGAAUAAUCUCAGACUUACUAAAAGUUGCAAAAGCAGUGGACUUCCAUGCACCCUUCACCAUCACCCCAGGUGUGAGCAUCUCCCGUGACCAUGGCAUAGUUCUUAAAACCACAGAAACGGCAUUGGACAAUGCAUGAUCUACAGAAUUCAUGCAGUUUUUGUCAUUUAUCCCACUCAUGGCCCUUUCAUGGUCCUUGAUGCAAUCUAGUCAUCUCCUUUCUUCGUCCCAUCCAACUGGGGACAGUUCCUCAGUCCUUUUCUUUCAUGACUUGACACCUCUGCAGAGUACUGGCCAGGUGUUUUGUGAAAUGUUCGUCAGCUGGGUUUGCCUGAUGUUUCCUCUAAUUACAGCCAGGUGCAAAUGCAUUUUUGGUGCAAAUACUACAAAAGUUGUAAGAUGCCUUUCUUUAUGUGUCAUAGAGGGCAGUCCACAAUGUCCACACGUGUCAGGGAAGGUUAGUUUUGGUCAUUUGGUUAAGGUGUUAUCGGCCACCAGAUUCUUCCACUGCAAAGUGGUUGUCUUUCUCUUCGUGAUAAAUAAGCAUCUCAUGGGGAGAUACUUUGAGACUAUGUACAUAAACUGUGCCUUAUAUUUUUGCCCUCUGAUUUUAGCAUCUGUGGAUGUAAAACUUACUACUCUGGUGA